AUGGGACUACUCAGGUCACUCUUUACGUCUCUAAUCAGCCUUGGGGCGCUCUGCGCAGCGUCAUCGAGCGCGGGCUCGAGAGUGCUCGUCGUUUUGGAGCCGGCAUUGUCCAAGACUGAUUAUUCGACCUUCUUUGACGGUCUAGAAGAGCGCGGAUACCAGCUAACUUUCAGGACACCAAAGCAAGACAAACCACUCCUUGUAGAAUAUGAUGUCCCAAACUAUGACCACGUUAUCCUCUUUGCCCCGACAACGAAAACCCUUUCGUCGGAUAUUUCUCCCCAAUCACUGCUGCAACUCUUAUCCCAAAAGGUCAAUCUGAUGGUCGCACUAUCACCAAAGACGACCCCGAUGCACUCCUUUGCGAGCGAGUUUGGCCUCAUCCUCCCGCCUCCCGAAACUCCGCUCUUCUCACAUUUCCCCGCUCGCAAAGGUCCACGUACGACACUCGAAGUCCCUCUAAACCCGGAUUCAAGCGUGGUAAAAUCGACUUCAUCGCCAAUUUUGUUCUCUGGUAUCAACUUUGGCAUCUCGACCAACCCUAUGCUCUUCUCUAUUGUCAACGCCCCCGCAGAGAGCUUUGCGACCGAUACAACGAAAGAGGAAGAAGCAGAAAUCUUGAUUGAGUCGGCGAACAGGGGAGGAGAGGGUCUUUGGGCUGGGAGCGCAAUGUCCGUCGUUGCAGGUUUCCAAACAAAGAGCGGCGCGCGCGUCGUAUGGGCUGGUGGCGUUGACAUGUUCAGUAACGAUUUCGCUUCGAGCACACUAGCAGGUGGAAAGAAGAGUGGAAACGCUGCUGUCGCUCAGGAUAUUGCCAAAUGGGCCUUCCAGGAAUCUAUGGUUCUCCGUAUCGACGAAGUCAAACACCAUAGACUCGGAGAAAGUGAUCCUCGAGAAAUGUAUACGAUUAAUGACAAAGUGGUAUAUUCCGUGCAAAUAUCCGCCUUUGACCCUACUACGUCCUCCUGGACGCCCUACUCCGAUAUCAAGGAUUUGCAAGUCGAGUUCACCAUGCUUGAUCCGCAUAUCCGCACCUCUCUGUCGCCCGUCGCUGGACAACCAGGCAGGUAUGAGACUGUGAUACGCAUUCCAGACCGACAUGGUGUCUUCAAAUUUGUCGUCGACUACCGAAGAAGGGGUUGGUCCACGCUGUAUUCAGCCACGACAGUACCAGUUGUUCCGCCACGACACAACGAGUAUCCGCGUUUCCUGUCGGCUGCGUGGCCGUACUAUGUCGGUGCCAUUAGCACGAGCAUUGGUUUCAUCCUCUUCAGCGCCUUGUGGCUUGGUGGCGCCGCGAGCGAACGGGGCAGCAAGAAGAAAAAGGAGUGA